UCAUGUUUUUCAAUUAAUCGAUGUAAAUUGAAGACAGUGGAGUGAAUGAAAAGAAAAUAAGUUUUCUACAUCCUGUUCGAAGUUUAAAACAAGGCCGUGUCACCUCACUUUUAACUUAAAUCGGAGCUUAAAUUAACAGAUUUUCUUUGUUAACCAUGGGAAAGAAAACACUGUUAUGGAAAGCAACAAUGGAUUCCACGUAAAUGCGACUAGAAAACGCGACAAAAACUCUAGCGCGUGUGAAAUGUGACGUAACGCCAUCUAUCGGUGACAGCUGGUAUUAGAUCGAAAGUGGUGAAAAGAAAAAUGAAGCUCAAUUUGUUCAAACGGUCGAUGAUAUUCGCGACUUUCUUCGGGUCGUGUUUAUGUAUCGCGCUGAUUGUGGCGUCGUUGGGAACUACCCAUUGGGUUGAUGCAAGGGCGAGGAGGCUAUCUAAUCCCACAGAAUCCGAAGGUCGAAUAAGUUUUGGGCUGUUCGAAGGCCAUAAGGAGCUAAAUUUUGGAUAUGGAUGGAGGCAUUAUGAUUUAAGUAUAAAAGCUGGUACGCACCCUGCCCGAAGAUGGUCAUGGUGUGGUACGGCUGCUCAGUUGGCAGUGGCGUUGGCAGCGUCCGGCGGCGCGUGCGUGCUGGCCGCGCUCGGCUCGGCCGCCCGGAACCGAUGCUCGCCGAAACCCUUGCUCAUAUGCAACUGUGUUACUAUACUAUUCACAAUGGGCGCAAUGUCAGUGUGGCUGACGGAGUUCUUCCUUCGACUGCAACACAACGUCAUGUCCGAUGAAGACUUAGCCAAUACCUGGUCGUCAGACUCCACUGCUGAUCUUGGGCUGUCUUUCUGGUUGGUGGUGACAGCGUGUAUAGCAGCCUUUAUAAACAACGUGUGUGUCCUCAUAGCGAUGACGGACGGUCGCGACGCGGACACCAUCGCGCCCGCGCUUGAGGAGAAAGUCAACGGGGCUAUUAUGUUGUAUUGAAGCUACUGUCAAGUAUUUUAGCGGUAACGAGCAAUGCCCGGGAGUGCCAGACCAUGAUCUGACAUUAUCACUUAUGACUUUAUUCACACGACCCGUGGCCAGGGGAUGUUUACGGCCGUAUUCACAAUCAUUACUAUGGGGUCUCACAGUGCGCUUGAACGCAUAGUGUAGGUUCCACCAAUCAGAUCAUUGU